UUAUAUCUCUCCAUUCCGAGAACUAGCCGUUACUACCUCGCUUCUGUCUUCUCCCCCUCAACGAUAUUUUUCAAGAAUCCUUAGCAUUCAAAGCCGAAUCAUCUAAGCUUUCAUUUUUUUUCCGUAUUUCAAGAAGCACUGCCAACCCAUCAAUUGCAUAAUCUUACAAAUCAAAUCAAGUCAACAAUGGCUACAAUUACAGACAGGCCCUCUUCUUCUUCUUCGCCAAUAUCGUCAACUAGACCGAACCCUAGUGCGAGAAACUCUGAGAUUAAAGAUCCCAUGCGAAGGAGUUUCACUGGUAAUCCGUUUAGCAAACCACCCCCAAUUGUGCCUAAUUCCAGAGGUGGGUUUAACCCCAACACUCCUGCUAACAGUCCUUCAGAUUUUCUUAGAAGAGGCUUCACUGGCAGAGAAAGUGGAAGUUCUUUGCGUGAUUUCUCCGAUAAAGAAAAUGGCAAAGACACGAAUUUAAACACAACAAAAGUCCGAUCUCUGGCUUCUGAUUCAAAGGGGACAAAGAAUUUCAUGUCACCAACAAUCUCUGCAGCUUCAAAGAUCACUGCAUCACCAAGAAAGAAAAUAUUGGCAGAGAGAAAUGAGCUAGUUCGAUCUUCUGCUUCAUUCUCUGACGCAAGAAGCCAAGUGAUGGAAGAUGAUAAUCCAAAGCCAGAGAAAAGUUUGAGUAAGAAGAAGACUGUUUCAUUUUCUGAUGUCAAAAGCCUGAUUAUGGAGGAUGAUGACUCUUUGAACCCAGAGAUGGGCUUGAUUUUGAACAAGAUUGAGGCUUCACAUGACUCCACAAUUACUGACUUAGAUGAUGAAGCUUUGAGAAGUGAUUUUGUGUCUGAUUCAGAGGUAUUUUUAGAAUCGAAGAAGAAUGAUGUAAGCCCAUUACUGGAGAAUGCUACCAAGGAGACUGAUUGUGUUAAUCUUGAUCCAACUUUCAAGAUCAGUCCAAGAUCCUCUAGUUCAACUUUGUUGGCACCACUUGAUGCAGAUCCUUUAAUGCCACCUUAUGAUCCUAAAACAAAUUAUCUCUCUCCAAGGCCUCGGUUUCUUCAUUACAGGCCUAAUCCACGAAUUGAGCUUAUUCGUAAAAAGGAUAUAGAUGGUAAGUGGCUGGAAGAGAGUUUUAUAUCGGAGAGUUUAUCAGAUAGUGAAGUUAGUGGAAUUUUGUCUGAUGAUUCCCGGAAAGAAUUUGAGGAUAUUUCUACAGAUGAAAAAGUGAAAGAAGAAGUUGAAGCAGCAGUUGAAGAGGAAGUGACAGAGCUCAGUGUACCUGAAACUAAUCCCCUUAGUAUCUACAAUCCUGAGCAGAGUGUUCAAGCUAAACGGGUGUCCAAGUCAAAAUUCUUUACAAGACUGAAGUUCGUUGCUUUCCUUUUGGUCAUGGUCUUUGCCAGUUUGUCAAUCUCAGCCAUUAAGUCUCCAGGCACUGAUUUUUCUGUGCUUAAUUAUUUAGACUUUUCUGACCUCUAUGUUCCACCUGAAAUAACUGAAUUUGCAAAAGUAAAAUUUGAGAGGCUGGCUCAAAGAUCUCGGUUGUGGGCAGCUAACUCUUUUUCCUACAUUUGCCAGCUGAUAACCAAUUUAAGGGAAGUGCCAAAACUGGGUCCUUUGCAAUAUAGUAAUCUGACUGAUUUGUUUCAAGAGUAUCACAGGGAAGCUGAUGGGGAAUUUAAGCACGAACAGCAUGUGCUGACACCAAUAUGGGAGAGAGAUGUUGAACCAUUGGAAGAGGGUGAUUCCAAGAUUGAAUAUGGGAGAGAGAAUGUUGAAGUGGUUUUAGAAGAAGAUAAUAGCCCAAGAUUUGAAGAACAAGUGCACCAAGAGAUUGAAGAGGUUUCAGAAGAUCACACAAACCCAGAACCUCUUAAGGCAUGCUUGACUCAACCGGCUGAAGAGGUUGAACCUUCAGAAGCUAAGCAGAUCCAAGAAAGAGUCCAGUUUGAUGAUCACAACGACAUCAAGCCACAAACACAUCAGCCUGAGGUGAUCUUUGAAGCUUCUAAAAUCCAACCUGAAGCUGAAGCCUGGGAAAAUCAAAUAGAAAGCAAUAUGAAAUAUUAUGCCGAAACUGAGUCAACCAGAGCCGAAGACAAUGAAUCUCAAGAAGAAAGUGAUGCUGAACUUGUGUCCAUUCAAGCUGAAAACAUUCAUCAAAGCUCAGAAUUAGAUGUUGCAAUGGGCAAUCGACAGAUUUCAACCAUAGAUACCGCUACAAUGAAUGGGUCAGAAGUUAAAAUAUUUACAACAAAAGUUGUGGGGAUUUCUGUGCUUUUGAUGAGUCUGCUUGCAACAAUAGCUUUCUUCAAGUAUGCAAAGAAAGGAAAUCACUUGACUCGAAUUGCAGUUACUGCUCCUGUGGACCAACCAGCAAUGAUUAAGAAAUUGGACAACAGUCUAAUUACAGUUACAUCGGAGAACACUUUUAGAGAGAGGCUAUCCUCCAGGAACUGGGAGACAGAGGUUGAUAUGGUUGGUGAGUCAAGCCCAUUAAAAAUGAGCAGCUUCAAGAGUUCAACUUACAGCAAGACAGGACACACAGACUCAAGUGAAGCUCAGAGCCAAGAAAGGAAGAUUAGGAAGAAUAACAGGAGAGAGUCCCUUGCCUCAUCAGAUUUCUCUAUGGGAUCACCUUCGCAUGGUAGCUUCACCAUGUAUGAAAAAAUCCCCAAGAAGCAUGGUUUUGAUGAUGAGGUGGUUACCCCAGUUAGGCGUUCAAGCAGGUUGAGGAACCAAGUCACACCUCUCUGACAACCGGAAAUGUUCCAUUGUUUAGCUGUGCAAAGUGUGAACCCCCAGUAUUUACUUGCUAACUUAGUUUAGUUAAGUUUGAUUGAUUGUAGUCUGAACUCCUUAUGUGGAACUGAUUGAUUGAUUUUAUCAUUAAUUCAGAUCUUCUGAUUCUUAUCUCAA